UUGAUAAAUAGCACAGCACAUGUACAUAUACAUGUAGCCGUUGUGUUUUUAGGCUACUGCUGAAUAUAACAACUCGGACCUAGAUGUAGUAGGGUUGACCGACUUUGUAUUUAAUUGUGCACUAUAAAUAUGCGAGAGGCCUUGAUCUUGAUUUAAUCACGCUUUUAUGCAUGCUGAAAGAAAGCCUGUGUAUGUAUACAUGUAGGCUCUGGCUAUGUUAAUUUCAUCGUCCAGUCUGACAGUUAUUGAUUGGUCGUGGAUAUUUUGAAACCAUUUGCAUAAGUGGGUUGUAAUGUGCCUUUUGUGCAGUUCUUUUCCUUGGACUACGGUUGCUGUGUUGAUUUUUUUACCCUCUGCAUUUGUGUUGAGCACGUGCUGCUGUGUCGAAGGAAGAGUUUUAGGGGGAUAGCACAGGCAGAUGGUUUUGACCAAGUCACCAAAGCCUUUGGGGCUAACUGCUGUAAACACAGGCCAGCCAUUCUGAGCCAACAUAGAGUUACAGUCUCCCCUAUUUGUCUUACUCUGAAAUGGGUCAGAAUCUAGUGUCUCUGUGAUUAGUACUUGUUUGUGUGGAAAGCAAGCGUUAAGAAGAGGUGAAGCUUGUGAACCAUCCAGACAGACAGGUUGCCAUUUGGGGCCGUUCUUUAACUUUGCAGGGCCCCACGGCACUGAGGCGAUAGGAUGUCCAAGCGCCAAAGUGCAGAAGUGCACGAACCCUCUCCUGGGAAGAAGGCCCGGCAGCUGUCAAGCACUGAGGACCACAGGGAGAAAAGUGACAGGUUCCCAAGGGAGCGUUGUUUCACCCCACCCAGACAAUACCAAAGGGACAACGGGCUCAUGUCUUUGGAUAAUAAAGCCAUAGUACAUAGGCCUACACCGUCAACAUGGAGCACCAAAAGUGUACCGGAAGUCAGCUGUAGCCAGCCGGUCAUCAGACCAACCACUGACUCAAUUCUGUCUCAACAGCAACAAGAAGACGAACUCCCAGUAGUCAGAGCGAGACAACAGUACUCGCUGCUUUCCUCAUCAACAGAAAUGGCCGUGCCUCGGCCCCCAGCUGUUGAUUCACCCAAGAAGGGUAGCGCCAUGAUUCAAAUGGACUCUAGAAUAGAGGCCAAAGUGCCCAGACCCUGUAGUGAGAGAUGUUUAGAUGCUGAGCGGAAUCGACAACCAAGAUGGCCAAAAUCACACAAGCGUGUAGAAAUAGAUCAAAUGUGCCAAGCAAUUACAUUAGGUCACAGCAAAACAUGUCAUUCAAUAAGCAGAAAGGUUGCAGCAGCUCAGAGCUCCUCCAGAGAUAGAGGGAGAACUCCCAGCAUAGACAAUGACACCAGCAUGGUAAGACAUUCUAAGGAUGAGAUCAAGGAGAGACUAGCCAAGCAUAUGGCAGACCAAUGGGACAAGAUAGCUCAGUUUGCUGAAUGCAUCCCAGGCUUUACUGGCUUCAGCAAAGAAGAUCAGGAGAUUCUUCUGCAAGUGGGGGGUUUGGAGGUGAUACUGUUGCAGUUGGCUCAGAUGUAUGAUCAUCGGACACACCUAUUGCAGAUGUGGGAGAAUGAGUGGUUAUCAUCAGAGCAGGCCUGUAAACUAACAACUGACUUCAACCUGACUGUAUUUUUUGAGUUGUUAUUUGGACUAGCUGAGAGUCUGAGAAGCAUGCAUCUGAGAGAGGAUGACUUGGCACUGUUUUCAGCACUUCUUCUGUUGGCAUCUGAUCACCAAGGUUUAAGGCAUAAGAGACAGGUUGAAGAGGUACAGGAAAAGGUGUUAAACUGCUUUGCUUACAUCCUAGCACAGAAUCACCUACAAGAACCAGGACUCUUAGCCCAGGUGCUAAUGUGCAUGCCCACACUACGUACCAUUAGCACAAGCUAUCUGGAACUGACAUCAGUCUCUACACCAACACAACAGUGGAGUAACUGGCCUGUAGAAUUGUGACUAGAUGUUCAUGGCCGAGACUCAAUGGAUUCAAUGGUGAAUCAUGCCAUGACAGCCACUGUUCCUCGGUCAACUUCCCCAUCCCAUCCUACUCAAGCAGCAUGUCUGGCAUCAGACUCUACCAUGAUAUGUGAGGAGACUCAAAUAGACGCAGUGCGUGCUGCUCCUGCUAAUUGCUCAGUACUUCUGGAAUUGGUUUGAAAAACAGCACACAGGGAAAGAAGAGCAUUUGAGGAAAGGCUGCAUGUAGUAUACGCCUUCCUGGAUUGUGGAUGAUUGAAUGUAGUCAACUCCUGUAAUGGCAGUGUGGCUGUUACAUGGCUCAAGCUUGCAGAAAGGCAAUUCAUUUAGGUUAAUCCAGGAUGGUUCAUCACUACAAACAAAUCCAGUGUACAGUAUAUGUGCAAAGUUGACAGUCAUCUCUUGUCUGCACAUGCAGCAGGCUGUAUUGUUCCUGACUAUCAGUCUUAAAACGCUCUAACACAAACCUUCACAAUGUCAUCAGUCCCUUUGAGAACAGAUGCAAGUUUUAAUCUUGUACUUUGUACAUAUGGAAGAUCUUAGGUAAUUCAAGAAAUUGGAAACCUGAGAAAGAUGAAAGAAGGCACAAAAUAUGGAGAGGAGAGGAAAGCCAUGUGCAGUGCAGAUACAUGUACCAGGCAAUAAGUUGACCACUGAACUCUGCAUUGUGGCCUGUAAAUUACUGCGUUGAGUGCACCAAGAAGUGACGGAUCAUCUAUGGACUUUGUGCCUACAAUACGUCACUUCGUGGUGCAACUAUCCAUGAUGUGUCACUUUGUGGUGCGACCGAUGUAUGGACUGAACUUCCUCAAAUUAAUUCCAGCAAAAAUGGAGUAACAUCGGGAGACUACAUGUAUGUAUGUGUCCAGUUACAACUGUAUGCAGCAAUACGCAAACUGUGCAUAAACAUAAUGAAAAAAAGAGGCUGCCAACAUAUGCAAACAACUUUUCAAAAGAUGAUUUCAAUCUUAGCCGUCGCUUGUUUGCACAUUCAACCAGUGAAGUGCUUGUGUGAUACUGUGAAAUACAAAUGUGCAAAAAUGAAACAAAGAUAACUUUAAACAUUAUGAUCGCAUGUCGCAUGAGCUGUUGUAUUUGGCACAUGCGCUAAAAAUGUUGCAUUAAGAAAACGCUACCCCUCCUCACAUUUGUACAAAGGUUUACAAAAAAAUGAUAUGUAAAGGUAAUUUGUUUUUGCUCAUUCACUGCUAAGUCUAGAUUUUGUGUUUAAUAAUGAUGUACAUUGUAAUAAAAACAGUGGUUUUUUUAUUUUCUGAGUAUGCGCUGAAAUUGAGAGGGAAUUUAUGCUUACCAAAAGAAACAAUAGUAUGUUUAUUGUGAUAAACUUCUUGCCUUUGAAGAAUGUCAAUUUCAUUUAUAAUGAGGCAGGAAGCUCUGCCUGGUCUUAACUUACAAGCUAACACAACCAAAGACAAUGUUAAAAUUCAUUCAUUUAAUAGAAGUUAAUGUUAACUUGAGCUCUAUAAAUUUCCAAAGCAUGUUUUGAGUUGUUUGUAAAGUUCUCAUGAAAAAAGCAGGUUUUUGUUUCCAUCUUGCUGAACGGCGUCAUGCAUUACUGUGAUACCUAGAGGUCUCUAGUGUGGAAUAUUGUAUACACUUGUCUUCAGCAUGUAUGCAGGAGCGUCGCUAGAACAUUUUCAAUGGGGGGGGGGGGGGUUGUUGGACCAAAUUUUCCGACAACUUUGCGUAGAAAAAAUCUGGAAAAAGGAGGUCCUCAAAUUUGCUGACAGAAAUAUUAAUGGGAGGUGUGAAAAGUAAAAUUUGCCGACAACCUUGCAACAAAAUAUUGGACAAGCAAAAAAAAAAGAUCCUCAGAUUUCAAAAUUUGCCAACCAUAGUAAAAUAAUAUAAAAAAAACCCUCAAUUUUUACAGAUUUGCCGACAACAAUUAUUGAUUUGCCGACAGAAAUUUUGAAUGGGGAGCGUCACACCCCCCCCCCCCUCCAGCGACUGCCCUGCGUGUAUGUAAGUUGUCAUGUUUUCAAUUGAACUGUUUUGAUUGGCAGGGGGUGACCUACUUUCAUAACUAUAUUUCAAUAGGGGGUGCUGUUCCAAUUCUACGAUUAUUAACACUAGAUUACUAAAUGGUGUACCGUAUUUUGAACAUUAUACCAGUAUAAUU